AUGGUGGCUGGUGGUGGAGGAAGCACAGAAUGGCCAGGGUCUAUAGGUGGAAAUGGAGGAGGACUUGAAGGUGGGGCAGGGCAAUCAGAUUGUUUUAAUAAUGGGACUAUUUGCCCUGAGAUAAUUUCUACUGGAGGAACUCAACUUCGAGGCGGAAUUGCAUCAAAGAGAAACAACUUUAUUUUUGCUCCUUCCCAAAAGGGUUUUGAUGGAGCUUUUGGAAUUUCUUUAAAUGCUGACAUGUCUAAUAACGGAGGUAUUGCAGGGAAUGGGUAUUGGAGUGGAGCUUCGUUGGAAUACUCAGGAUCUGGAGGUGGAGGAAGCUCAUUUAUAUCAGGCUAUGAUGGAUGCAUUGCUCUAAAUAGCUCUGAAAAUGAAGAUCCUAAUCCUAAUAACAGCUCAAUCCAUUACUCUGGCAUAUCUUUUUUGCAGCCAUCGAUGCAUAAAGGAAACACAACAAUGCCUCUCUACCACUCGCCGAACGCGUAUGGUAUUGGCAAUAAGGGCAGAGGUUGCAUAAGGAUUACCAUCUUAAACUAUCCUGAGCUAUCUUGUGAUAUACAUUAUGCAUUGCCUUUUAAUCUAUUAAUAAUUUACAUUUUUUUCAUCUUAGAAUCUUAG